AUGGACCAAACCCAAACCACAUCAGCUUCGGGGAGGUCCGGCGCAGGUUCGUCAAAGUUUGGUGCAGGUUCGGUGGCGUUCGCUGGAGCUGUCGGUCUGGUGGCCGGAGCUGUGCUGCCAUUGAUCGGCCGGCAAUUAAGAGGCUCUCUUGGUCGAUUCCUGUCUCCCCCUCCUGCACAACAACGGGCAGCAGCAGAAGCGGCAGCAGCAGCGAACGCACAAGCAGCACCAGACGCAGCAGCAGCACCAACCACUGCAGCAGCAGGAGCCAAAAACACAGAUGUGGACCUUGCUGACGUGGCAAUGACGUGGAUCCGUCCACCGCACCCCGAUUGGCAGGCACCUGAGCAGCUGCUGCCGCCCUUCCCUGUUCCCUCAGCCGCUGCUGACAGUGAGGGUGGGAAGGAUGGGGAAGAGGAGGGUAGGAGAGAGGAGGGAAAGGCGGGAGAGGAGGGAGGAGGGGAGGAGGGAAAGGCGGGAGAGGAGGGAGGAGGGGAGGUGGGGGUGGUGAGUGUGCGAGUAGCGGAUUGCAGCAGCAGUGUGCUGUAUCCUCUCGUUAUAAGCACAGUGACUGGUGUUGGGAAUCUCUCUCCCUAUUCCUAUUUCAACGCUGUGUUUUACAAACCCCCCAUGCUUCUUACUACCUCCUCUCUUUCAUCCAUUCACGCCCCCUUCCCGUACUGCUCUCUCCCUGCUCUCCCUACUCCCAUUUCAACACCUCGCUUCACAAACCCCCCAUGCUUGCUUUCUAUCCCUCUCCUUCAUCCCUUCAACCCAUGCUACUCGCCCAUACUGCUGUCCCCCUGCUCUCCAUCCAGACUGGUGUUGGGAACCUUUCUCCCUACUCUUAUUUCCCCUCUCUCCCUUCUCUUAUUUCCCCUCUCUCCCAUGCUUCCCUCCGCUUGCUCUCCAUCUCAGACUGGUGUGGGCAAUCUCUCUCCUUACUCUUAUUUCAACGCUGUGGCACACAAUCCCCCCAUGCUUGCGAUUGGUCAUUGCUGGUCCAGUGGGAAGCCCAAAGACUCGCUCAGAAAUAUACUUGAUACAAGAGAGCUGGUGGUGGCGCUGAUCAGCGAUUGGUUCGUGGAAGCAGCCAAUCACACGUGCGGGCCGUUCCCCCCUGAAGUGGAUGAGAUGGAGCGGGCUGGGCUCACUGCCGUGCCGUCUGUUGUGGUGAAGCCUCCCCGGGUGGCUGAGUCAGCAGUGAACAUGGAGUGCGUUGUCAGACACACAUAUGACGUCACAGACAGGGAUGGAAAUGUGACAACAACGGUUGUGCUUGUGGAGGUGGUUAUGUUCCAUUUCUCUGAGCAUGUGGUUACACGCACCCCCAACACUGGCAAAUUAAUUGUCGACCCAGUGAAGCUGCGUCCUAUGUGCAGACUCGGGGGAAACACGUAUGGGUUUGUGUCACAUCUGUUUGACAUUGCACGGCCGGAUAAAGAUGGCCGGUACCCGGGUCACAAAGGAUUUGUGCAAAGUGAGAGGGACAAGAUUGUUGCACAAUAA